AUGCUCAAAGGAGCGGUAAGUGCCACACUGGCGCAUUUUUCGACCGGCAAUUACUUUCUCACAGGUGACAGUCAUUUCUGGCGCCACUCGUCACUCCCUCCAACCCCUUUCUCGCUCGCUCCCUCUCUCUCCCUAAUUGCACAGAAUCCGGGAAAGAAAGUAAUCAAGAUUAUGACCUUUGCACAGCCCCCUACCCCACCCCCCUCUCAGUUCCAUUCCGAAUUGUUCGCAUCGCCCAAAACUUCGGGUGAUUAUGGCAAGGCCCUCCCACUUCAACAGUUGAAGGACCCUAAUCGUGGAACCCUCCAACAGACUGAAGCCCAAUCAGUUGCAUUCAAUGCGCUCGUGCUGGCGAUCGAUGCCCUCGCAUGA